AUGUCCCCAGUCCUCAAGAAGUACAAAGCCGCCGCCGUCAACGCUGAACCCGGCUGGUUCGACCUUGAAGAGUCCGUUCGCCGGACCAUUCACUGGAUCAACGAGGCCGGCCGGAAUCGCUGCAAACUGAUUGCCUUCCCUGAGCUCUGGAUCCCCGGUUAUCCCUAUUGGAUGUGGAAAGUCAACUACCAGGAAUCUCUCCCGCUAUUGAAAAAGUAUCGCGAGAACAGCCUUCUCUCCGACUCGGAGGAGAUGCGACGUAUCAGAGAAGCCGCGCGGGCCAACAAGAUCUACGUGUCUCUCGGCUACUCCGAGGUCGAUCUCGCGAGCCUGUACACCACUCAGGUGCUCAUCUCACCGGCUGGGAAUAUCCUCAACCACCGCCGCAAGAUCCGCGCCACGCACGUUGAGCGUCUCGUGUUUGGAGACGGCACCGGCGAUACUACUGAGUCUGUUGUCCAGACUGAGAUCGGCCGGGUCGGACACCUCAACUGCUGGGAGAACAUGAACCCGUUCAUGAAGAGCUACGCGGCCUCGCUUGGUGAGCAGGUGCACGUUGCCGCGUGGCCGUUGUAUCCCGGCAAGGAGACGCUGAAGUACCCUGACCCCUAUACUAAUGUCGCCGAGGCGAACUGCGAUGCGCUUGCUAAUGAGUUGCCCCAGCUUGUCACACCCGCCUACGCGAUCGAGACUGGCACCUACACCCUUGCCCCAUGGCAAACUAUUACUGAGGAGGGCAUCAAGCUCAACACGCCCCCAGGCAAGCCGCUCGAGGAUCCCAACAUCUACAACGGACACGGCCGGAUAUUUGCCCCGGACGGCCGGAAUCUCGUUCCUCACCCUGCCAAAGACUUUCAGGGUCUUCUCUACGUGGAUAUCGAUCUUGACGAAAUUCACCUUACCAAGUCCCUUGCUGACUUUGGCGGGCACUACAUGCGCCCCGACCUCAUCCGCCUCCUCGUUGACGGUAACCGCAAGGACCUUGUUGUCUCUGAGGACCGCAUAAACGGAGGUAUCAAAUAUACCAGCACCAUGGACCGCGUUGGUCUCACCAAGCCUUUGGAGGCGCCGAAGCCUACUGACCAGAAAGAGUAA